UUUUUUUUUUUUUUUUUUUGGUUCUUUUUUUCGGAGCUGGGGACUGAACCCAGGGCCUUGCGUUUCCUAGGCAAGCACUCUACCACUGAGCUAAAUCCCCAACUGGUAGAGGGAAUUUUUAACUAAUGGAAGUUGGUGGGGGUGGGGAAGACUGGCCGGUGGCCCUUCUUCCCCUUCUUCCCCUUCUCCCCCUUUCCUCUUUUUCGUUGUUGUUGUUGUUGUUGUUGUUGUUGUUUUGUUGUUGUUGUUGUUGUGUUGUUUUGGUUUUUCGAGACAGGGUUUCUCUGUUUAGCCUUGGCCAUCCAAGAACUCUCCCUGUAGACCAGGCUGACCUUGAACGCACAGAGAUCUGCCUGUCUUUGUCUCCGAGUGUUGGGAUUAAAGGAACACCACCACCACUGCUUGGCCCUUUCGUUUCCUUUUAUCCCACCGCCUGCUCUAGAACACAGACAGGGGUGGCCCCUCUGAAAGAUCGACUCCCCUUACCUCCAGCCUGUACCAGAUAUGAGUGUCCAGGGGUUGGUGUCUGUGAACGUCUGCCCCACUGCUCUCAGUGCUGCCCCCGGUGGGAUGCUUUUCUUUGCCAUGGUCACUACCACCCGACAGUCCUGGAGUCACGUGGGGAGCGAAGGCUGUGGAACAGGCUUGGUUUCUCCUCCGAUGGUCUAGGGGAACUGGGACCAUUGUCCAGGCAGGAGUUCAUUUUGCUUUCGCUAGUGCAGACUUUUCCCCACCCCAGUGUCUCUGCUGUCACUUUCUUUUGUCUAUCCAGAUUUUUAUUUUGUUCUGUUUGUUUUUAUUUGUUUGAGAUAGGGUUUUUCUGUGUAACAGUCCUACCUGUCCUGGAAUUCGCUUUGUAGACCAAGGUGGCCUCCCGAGUACUAGGAUUAAAGGCGUGUGCCACUGUACCACACUUGGCUACUGUCACUCAAGGCUGGUCCUGAUGCUAGGCAUGGAGUGUAGGUAGAGGCACAUUUGUCUUGGGGGCAUGGGCAGGCCUGUGGGGGCGCACGCCUCAGCUGAGCUGCCUCCGUCGCCCAGGUGUUCCUGAUCUGGGGAACCUGGACCCUACCAGUCUGUCCUGGAGACAGAAGAGACAAGAUGCAUUUGAUAGGAGUAGAUGGAAGCCCCCUUCCCUGCUCCUCACUAUGGGAUUCCAUCUUGGCACGCAGGCUUGAUGCCUCUCCUAGGCCCACUCUGCAUGUAGGAGACACACUGAGAAGCCAAUCCAGGAAGCAUUCUGCUACCUGCUCCCUUCAGACCCUGGGAACACCCAAUGCUGUGCUCUCAGCUCUGGCUUCUGGACCCUAAGGCUCAGAGGCAGAAGACAGGUUUGAUGCCAGCAUCUGGCCUUGGCUGCCUCCCACAGCAUGUCUUCUCAAACUGGAUGAGCAUCAGGAGCCUUCUUCAGGUGGGAGCUGCUGCUUUGCCUUCCUAGAAAUCUAAGUAACUGAUGUGGUGCCUACUUUAAUUUGUUCCAAAAGCUUUAAGAAAAGGACCUAGAUAAAUUCCAAGGGAGUUAUAGCUGAGACUGCCUCUGUGUGCCAGCACAGGGUAUCUAUCCAUAGAGCGGCAUCUAUCUGCUGCCUUCCCCAGGGGUAAUGAGGGUGUGGAUACUGUGCAUGCUCUUGGGUUAGUCCUCACGCUGUGAAAUUAAAUACCUGGUUGCAUGCUCACCACAUGCACCUUGAAUUAAAUACUGGGUUGCAUGCUCACUGCAUGCCCCUUGAGUUAACUGCUGAGCUGCAGCAGCUGCAGGGCAGACCCCAGAGUGACUUGAGUACCCAAGAUGGCCUAGAAAACACCAUUCUGAAUGAAUGGACGAGAUGAGUGUUAGCUCACUGGAAGCCACUGGGAGGUAAGGGGCACUUACAGUUUUCCCAGAGUGAAGUUAAGACUUGAGUUCUGAAUCAAAUAUUCUACUUAAGAAUAAAAGCCCCUUGGAGAGAUGGCUCAGUGGUUAGAGCACUGACUGUUCUUCCCGAGGUCCUGAGUUCAAUUCCCAGCAACCACAUGGUGGCUCACAACCAUCUGUAAUGGGAUCCGAUGCCCUCUUCUGGUGUGUCUGGAGACAGCUACAGUGUACUCACAUACAUGAAAUAAAUUAAUCUUUUAAAAAAAAGAAUAAGAGCCCCUAAUCUGGGCAGGGCAUGGUAUUGCCGACCUGUUAUCCCAAUACUCAGGAGACAGAAGCAAACAGAUUUCCAGGACUUCAAGGCCAGCCUGGUGUACAUAGUGAGUCCCAGGUUAGCCACCAGAGCAAUAGAGUGAGAUUCUGUGUCCUAAAAGAAGGGGAAGGAAAGUUCCUAAUCUCUGAAAUUCCCCAUCUCUCCUACCUUGAGCGGGAGUGAGGGCCAUUGGCUGCUGUCAAAGGUAGCUGCAUCUGUGUGAAGAACUGUUGUCUCUGCUCAGCUUUGGACCACAGACACUGGAAAGGAGAUCUAGGGCUCCCGGUUCAGCCCGUAGAGCUUGAGGGGUGCAUGGCCCGAGAUAGGUGAGGACUAGGGGACAGAGCUGUGGGUUCCCUGCCCAGUCUCAGUCAGACUCAGCACUCUGCUUACUCUUUUAUAUGAUUGGGUGGUAGAGAGGCUGGAGCAUACAAUUUCGUUUGAUAGGCUGGAGAGGGCUCAGCAGUUAGCAGCCCUUACUACUCUUGCAGAGGAUCCGGGUUCAGCUCCCAGUACCCAUGUGGUAACUCAUAACUGCCUGUAACUCGGGUUCGAGGAUAUCCUCUACUGUAGUGUGGCCUGGGAGGCUCCCUGUGUCCAAAACACUCCUGGAGUCCUCUACCACUGACAAGGAGCAGGCAAAUGGUCCAUGGGGGAUUGUGUCUUUGCAUACUCCUGGCUGCUGCCUGUGUCCUGUCCUGGAGUCAUGGAGUAGAUGGACAUGUAGAGAUGGAGUAGGUGUUUUUCUACCCCAUCCCUGGGUGGAUUUAGUUCUGAAUGAUCAAAAUGUUCCCAAAGGCUCAAGCGGAUUUUCCACCCUUUCCAUGGUCAAAUGUGCCGUGAGAAACACAAGGGAUUGCCAGGGACAUGCUGUCCACCCAGUCUUUGCACAACUCAUAAGCUCUUAGGCUAUUUCAGCCUCUCCUGUCCACUGGGAGCCCUGGGAACAGCCACCUGAGGUGGUAAGGCAGAGUGAAGAGGGGCUGCAGGGGCAUCAGUGCUUUGGACCAUGGCCAUCUAGGAACCAGCACAAGCUUCUGAGGAGACAGCAGGAGGGCAGGCCACUUGGGUGGGCUGGGAAGUUUUUUCAUCUUAGCUACAGUGUGUGUAGUGUUUACACUUGGGCCCAUCCUGGAACCUGCUCCCAACCCUGGACAUCUAUCUAUAACGACCCAUACCUGCUUAGGAAGGAAGGAUUUGAGCUUCCAGAGCUGAAACUGCUAUAACCCCUUACAUGAUGUUUAUUGGGCAUGAGAAGGGCUCUGGGCUUUGGAGCCCAGGAGGGGAGCAGGCUCCCUACUGAGCCCGGAUUUCUUCUAUUGAGUCAAGGCAGGGGGUAGUCACUGGGGAGUGGCCAGGUUGCUGUUAGGCUGAGUUCCCUUUGAGCUUCAAGAAAGCCUGUGCCCGGGCUCAGCGGUUAAGAGCACCCGACUGCUCUUCCGGAGGUCAUGAGUUCAAUUCCCAGCAACCACAUGGUGGCUCACAACCAUCUAUAAAGAGAUCCGAUGCCCUUUUCUGAUGUAUCUGAAGAUAGCUACAGUGUACUUAUAUAUAAUAAAUGAAUAAAUCUUUAAAAAAAAAAAAAAGCCUGUGCCCAGCAUGUAGUCAGGAUUUAUUUGGCGGUGAAUGAGUAAAUGAACCAAAAGGUGGCUUCUUGGCUUCUUGGCUCCUUGUUGUUGAUUUGAGCUAGGAGUUUUCCCGUAUUGAAGGCCUGAAUGAGAAGAUACUAAGGACUUAACUCCUUGUUGUUGAUUUGAGCUAGGAGUUCCCGUAUUGAAGGCCUGAAUGAGAAGAUACUAAGGACUUAACUUAGUGGGUGGUAGCCUUAGAAAGAACUUAGAAAAAUCCUUUGAUUUCUCAGUUUGGAAAGACCACUGGCUAUCAAUCAGCAUGUGUGUUUAGCUAGGAUGGUGUGUUAGUGUUACUAUCAUUGUGAUAAAACACAAUGAACAAAAACAGUUUAGGAAGAAAAGGGUUUAUUUGACUUACACUUUCGAAUUGCUGUUCACUAAAGGAAGUCAGGACAGGAACUCACAUGGGGCAGGAACCUGGAGGCAGGAGCUGGUGGUGCAGAGGCCGUGGAGGGGCGCUGCUCACUGGCUCAUCAUGGUUUGCUUUCUUACAGAGCCCAGGACUGGGGCCCAGGGGUGGCACCACCCUUCACGGGCUGGGCCCUGCCCCAUCAAUCACUAAGUAAGAAAAUGCCCCACAGGUUUGCCUGCAGCUGGAUCUUAUGGAGGCAUUUUCUCAGUUGAGGUUCCCUCCUCUCAAAUGACCUUAGCUUGUGUCAAGUUGACAUAAAGCUAUCCAGCACAGACGGGUACUUAUCAAGAUGAAAACACAGGACUGCAGGACCAGCAAAGCCAUCCAUGUUGAGAGGACAGGACCCUCUCUUGGUCCCCCGUUUUCCCUUGUGUUGUACCAUGUCAUCCCUGUUGGCAUGGCCUCCUCAUAGGACCUGGUCUCUCUGGACUCAAUGCUUAUCUCCAACCCUCUUCUGUACUGUAGCCUCAGCCUGCCUCCAUCAGCAUCUGCCUUCCAGGUCAGUUCCUUUGGGCCUCUGCCAUGCUGCUCUCUUCUGAGAUUCAGAGGCUCCCUCCCUACCCUUAUUCCUCCAGGCUCCUGUGUUCUACCUGGGAUUCUCAGAGUCUCUCUUUGGGGGAGCUUCCCCUGAUCACUCUUGAGUAGGGAGAGCUGGCAUCUGAGCUGUAAGACAAGGCAAAGAUUGGAGUUCCAGUCGGGGAUGGGGGAGAUGAAAGUCGUUCUGAGAAAACCCGGUAACUGUAGAGAGGCAGACUACAUAUUCUGAGGUUCUGAGAAGGAACCUUCCUCCUGUGUUCAUGGGCCGGGGAUUGGGGGAGGCUCGCCUGCAAGCUUUCCUUGGUACAGCUCUUGGCAGGGAGACCCUGCCUCUCUGUGGGCAGUGUUUCAGGCUGGGCAUGAAUCCCUGUUGACCUCCUUUGCCUCAGCAAUGCCACUGCUGACCACUUAACCCAAUUUUGUCUCAGUCACAUCUGCGCUGAUUAGAGGGUGCCCCCUCUCUACAUAUAGCCAGGGUCCUACCCUUCCCCCCAGGGACAGCCACUCUUUGCUCUGGCCAAGAGCCAAGGGAAGGGAUGAAGGAGAAUGUGACAGUCCACCAGAGAUGUUUUCAAUUCGGGGGCAGUGACAUCUGUUCAUUUGUGAGGGCCUUACCACCCAAGCUCUGUUUAUCCAGACACAGGAGGGGCCCUGAGUAUCCUCGGAGGCGGUUCUGCCAGGUGUGGCUGAAUGGAUAGGGAGGACUCGGUGGGAGGGGAUGUGAUUACUUCCUGGGUGGCCAGCCUAGUGUGAGCCUGGCCUAGCAGAGAUGAGGACCAUCUGAUUGUCUGCAGAGACCACACUAUUCAGACUGCUGCUUUUGAGGAACUUGCUGGGACAUCAUCAUCUUUCAAAGCUCUUCCUCCACCCUGCUCCUAGGCCACAGGUUUCAGGAAGGAACGAGUCAGGCUUGGAGAAGAGACAGCAAAUCUGUGCUGUCCCCAGAGGAAGGCUCCAGUCCUUGAGGAGGAAAGGAAAUCUCCGGGGAAGAGGCUCCCAACUCAAUCAUCCAUCUGCUAAGCACUUUUAUCACCAUGGAGACCAGCUGGCCAAUGCUCAUCUAAUCUGAGCUUGCCUUACCCAGACGAGUGUUGAGCCUGGGGUGUUUAAGACAGACAAGUGUAGGACUUUGGGAACAGGAUUUAUCCUGCCCCCUUUCUCCCACACACCAGUGGUUGGGGAGCAGUACACGGUGCCCCAGACUGCACUCUGUCAUGUGACCCAGCUAGAAGGACGAGAACCUUAGGAAGUCAGUGUCAGCUGUUCUGAAGUUAACCAGCCAGCGCCAAAUACCAGCUGUGUGUCUGCAUCAGGUGCAUUAGGUGAGCAGUUAAUGGUGCCUUCUCAGCUAGUUACACCACCAGCCAUUGCACCUUUGUGAAGGGACGCUGAGCAAAGCAGGGACCUGUGGAAGGGAUAGAAUGACUUACCCAGGGCUUAUAGUGCCUCAUCUCCACAAAGCAGCCCUCAUUCCCUCCAGCUAAAACUGAUCUUUCUCUCAGUUUCUACAGCACUUCCUCCUCACUGUCCUGGUGGUAUAACCCCAGGAGAGGACACUUCUGUCCUCAGACGAUACAUAGUAGGUCCACAGAAGCUCUUCUGCUUCCUGUUAACAGUUAAGUUCCAUUUCCUCCCUGCCUACCCUAGGCUGGCAGUUGUAUCACCACUGGAUUUUGGUUCAUCUGAUUCCUCAGCCCCGACUCUAGGGUCAGGCACUUAACCAAUCCCUCCUCAUGGAACCCAAGCCCUUAGUCCCAGGUAGAACUCAAGAGUGUCACCCGUACCACUCCUAGUAUCAUUCCUUCUAAGUGAGGAGGGCAGAGGUCCCACACUAACAUCAGUCUACUAUAGUGACUCCAUUUCCUCAAAUGUAAAGUGGGAGCGUUUGUUCUUUGUAUGGUUGGAGGGACGGUUUUAGUCCAUACAGAGAGAGGAGAAGAGGGUCAAUGUGGUGCUAACCACUCAAAACAGCUGUCCUUCUCAUCAGUUCUUGGCUGGCCCUGACGUUAAACUAUCCCUUUCCCAGAAAGGUGCCCAAGGCAGAAACAGAAAACCUCAAGGACUGUCACUGGUUAAGACCCAGCAGGGGUAUUCAGAGGGCCAGGACUGAUUCAUGUACCCCCAUCCAUUACUUUUCCCUGAAUCCUGAGAACUGACCGCACUUUAGCCAGGCAGAGAUUGUGAAAGCCCCAUGCAGGGUACUUGGCUCGUGGUUGGCACUGUCUGAUCCUGGUUUGCUUCCUGCAUGUGCCCAGCUUUGCCGUGGUGGGAUGUCCAGGAUAACUGGGUCGCAUAUACUCUAGCCAUCUAGGGUUCUAGCUUUUCGCUUGACUCUAAGUAUCACACUCUUUAAGUAAGUUGCAUGGUUAGCUUGAGAAAGGAUUCUCGUUCUUCAGUUACGAGAGCUUGCUGGACACGAUGCCACACACUAUCUAGCACUAGGGAGGCAGGAGCAGGCACAUCUCUGAGUUUGAGGUCAGCCUGGUCUACAUUAAGAGAUCCUGGCUCAGAAACAAAGAAAGAACAACAAACCCCACUCACUUACUAGUUGUCUUCCAAGGUUCCGCAGUUGCUCCUGUGCUGUUGGACAUCCUCUGCCCCUUGUAGCAAAAGUCUUUGUGGUGAGGUGUCCAGGGCUGUAGCUGCAAACAGCAGUGGAGGAGCAUCUCUAUGUCAGUCAUCCUUGACCAGAGUCACAUUUGUUUUCACAGAGUCCUUGGUGAGGGUCACACGGACCCGAUUCCGUCUGGGGCAGCUGAAGAUGCUGCCCUUUAUUCUGUGUUUGCCAUAGGAGACUUGGAGCAUAAACAAGUGGCUAGCCCUGCCACCAACUUUGGGACUGAGGAACUUGCCUCAGGGCAGGAAUUAAGUGGGUAGGGAAGUGGAACUCCAAAGCAGUCCUUUGCAAGGGAGGUGGGCAGCUCUUCAUGGCCAGAUGCAGCUUUUACCCAAAACAGUGCCCCCUGGAAGUCUCUCCACUAGAUUGGCCUCAAGCCUCCUUGAUACCUACCCAAGCACCAGGAACAGUCUGGUGGUGAAGGAGUUAAAAGUAACUGGCUUGUGUUUAGCUUCCUGACAAACUUUAUUUAGUAGAGACUAGAAGGAGAGAUAGAGGGUGGGUGAGGAGAAACCCCAGCUUGCCAAGAGUUAAAACCCCAGGCCUGCCUGGUUUUGGAGGGGGCAGCUCCAGAGCCCGUUUUGAGUCACUUCCCUCAGUGGGGCGGUAAUGUGUGCACUGCCUGCAGCGGGCUGUGGCGCUCUCCCGGUUCGCACUCCGUGUCCCAGGAUCUGCAGCUCACAGGAGAGGGCAGCAGGCAGCCUGCGGGAAGGCACUGGGCCCUAGUGGUGCCUCAGACUCUGCUGCUUCCCGGCUGCAGUCUCCAGGGAGGGGGAAGGAGGAGGAGGAGGAGGAGGACGCAGAGGGAGGGGAGGAGAAACCGGAGGCCCACACCCGCUGCUUUGGGACUGCUCCACUAACAGCCCGGCUAAGCACUCGGGCACAGACAGCAGCUCUCUCCAGAGCCGCUUGUGCGCUUCUCCGCUUUUCUGCCUGGAUCUGGCCCGGCAGGCUGACCGCUGGCAUGAUGGACAUCCUGCCUCAGCCCGACUGCAGCCUGAAAGCAGUGUGUGAAUCCCUGGAGCACUGCUGCCUGGAUCAGCUAGAGGAGCCGGGGAACAAGCGAAUGCCCAAUACAGGCGCCCGGCUCUGGGGCAGAGUGCGCAGUAAGCUGCUUCGCCACAAGCUGGAUCCACAGACAGUAGAAAGCAAGAACUGGCAUACGGAUGUGAUUGAAAUGAAUGGGAUCAAAGUGGAAUUCUCCAUGAAAUUUACCAGCCGUGACAUGAGCCUGAAGAGGACUCCAUCCAAAAAGCAGACAGGUGUCUUCGGAGUGAAGAUCAGUGUGGUGACCAAGCGGGAGCGCUCCAAGGUGCCCUACAUAGUCCGGCAGUGCAUAGAAGAGGUGGAGAAGAGGGGCAUCGAGGAGGUUGGCAUCUACAGGAUAUCAGGGGUGGCCACGGACAUCCAGGCCCUGAAGGCUGUCUUUGAUGCCAAUAACAAGGAUAUCCUACUGAUGCUGAGUGACAUGGACAUCAACGCUAUUGCUGGUACCCUCAAGCUCUACUUUCGGGAGCUGCCUGAGCCCCUCCUUACAGACCGACUCUACCCAGCCUUCAUGGAGGGCAUUGCCCUGUCAGAUCCUGCUGCCAAGGAGAACUGCAUGAUGCACCUACUCCGUUCCCUGCCCGACCCCAACCUCAUCACCUUCCUUUUCCUGCUGGAACACUUGAAAAGGGUUGCCGAGAAGGAGCCCAUCAACAAGAUGUCACUUCACAACCUUGCCACAGUGUUUGGCCCCACGUUACUGAGACCCUCAGAAGUGGAGAGCAAAGCACAUCUCACAUCAGCUGCAGACAUCUGGUCCCAUGAUGUCAUGGCCCAGGUCCAGGUCCUACUCUACUACCUGCAGCAUCCCCCCAUUUCCUUCGCAGAACUGAAGCGGAACACACUGUACUUCUCCACAGACGUGUAGCCUGGGGUGGGCAGCUGUGGGGGUGGCCAGCGCCAGCCCUCCAGCCGGGGCCCAACAUAGACUUGAAAGACUGCAACAGAAACUCCCCAGCCUAGCACUCCAGAGUCCGGGGGAAGCCACCUUCCAAGAACUGGAACACGUGCAUCUUUUGUGCCACCUUGUACAAAGCCAGCUGACCAGCCCCCGCCUCCUCACCACACCCCAGCUCCUUCCCUCCGUACCUGAGUGUGUCUGAUGCUCCGUGCUGUCCAGGAAUUGUUUUAUGUAUAUUUGUCAUUGCAGAAAAGGUAGUGGCCGAGCUGGUGUGGGCACAGACAGCUUGCUUUGUUCUUUCAUUUCUCCCAACUCUUCUUUCUGCCUGAGUCCAGUCCAAGGACUUUUACUUUGCGCUGUGUAACUGCUGCCAGCUUCUCCUCUCCUGGCCCUGCUCCCAGAUUGCAGCCUCCCUGCAGUGUCUGCCCUCUCCACCUCCCAGCCUGCUGCAUGCAUGUGCAGCAUGGGCUUUUGCUCCAUCACUGCAAAGUUCUGCAGGGGCCCUGGGCAGUGCUGGCCUGUCUGAUGUGCUGCCCCUGGCCUCCUUGCUCUCCACAUGUGGAAGCACAUCUGCUUUCCUUGCUGUCUGUGCAAAUGUUGAACAAGGAGACAGACACACACUAAUCCUCAGCACAGAGCUGGAGAGCUCAUUUCUGGAAUGUUCUAUUUGAGAAUUGCCAUUUCUGGGGUUUGUCUGUUCUAUCUCCUGCCUACCAGUACGGCAUCUUCAGCUGUUUCUUCUAUGGCUGAAUUUUCUGUUCCUUUUCCCUGGUGUUCUAUUUUCUUUGAGUGUAAUGACCUACAAGUGUCCUGCCAUCAUAGAGGUCAGGAUUGCACCUGAAGGGUAUGGUGGGCACCCAGGCUGUGAAGGAACAAGAUGGGUGGAGCAGCCAGCAGUGGCAAGUCAAGGGAAGCCAGUCUUCACACUAAGGACCGGCAGAGGCUAUCCUAGUGGAGUACAGCCUCCUGGAGGGCAGCUUCUGUGGCUGAAUCAGGUGUCCAGGUGAAAACAGGAACCUGGAACCACACAUACCUCGUGGUAUUUUUGCCUUAGAUUUUACACUCUCAACAGCCAAGCACUGCCACGGGGCAGCCACAUUGCCAUGCGUGCUCCAGAGCCUAGGAACAGCAGAUAGAACCCAGUGGAAUGCUUCUACCCUGGCUUCUGAAUCCAGGCCUGUGGGUAAUCCCAAGCAUACAGAAGUUGUGGAGUAGGAAGCCUCUCUUGUCAAUGAGUUCUGCUGGGGCUGUAGGGCAUCAGGUCAGCAGGUGUCAUUCCCAGCUGUGACCCAUUGCUUGGUACUAAAAAGGAGUUUUACUCCCAAAGUAAGGUUUCCAGCCUGAGCAGGAGCUACCAGCCUGUGGCAAUUAGCACGGAAAGAAAGGUGCUCCUGUCAUAGGGGCUUGAGCUACCAUACAGCUUCCUGUUUCUUCUAUAUGGCAGAGUUCUUUCAUUCUUGGCCCUCAGGAUUGGGGAGACCAGCUCUCAUUGUGUGUGCUCAGGGCUAAGUCUAAACAAGGGUUUGCUGGCCCCCAAGCUGUUGUUUGCUAGGUGAGGUUAGGUAGGGCUCUCCUGGUCCUGUUCAUACCUAUUGCCUUUGACAGAACGGUACAGUUUGUUCAUGCAGGAGGAAGGAAUGCCAACUUCCCAGCUGCCUAUUAGCAGUUUAACAAGGAGCCUUGCUGUCUCAAACAGGUGAAAGAAAAUGCUGUGUGUAAAGAUCACAUCUGCCACUAUCUUGGCGCUCAGGUGUGGGUAUGUGGUGUUCUUGCUUCAAAGGAUUGAUGGUAACAAAUUAUCAAAGCUUGACUGGAGCUGGCUGCAGCUCAAAACAGUGCCCCCUGCCUCUGUAGAGCAAAGAUGUGGGCCCUGCAUCAGCUGCUACAGCCACAGCUUAUUUAGGCAGUGACAGCAGGGAGGCCAGAGGAGCUGAGGACUGUUAAACGUUCCCAUUAUUUAUAAAUUCCACCCAAAGUGGACAGUCAGGUGCCAGAUCUGAAGUGCACCAAGGAAGUACCUGGUGGUUCUCCGGAGACGGGCCAUGCAGCCCAGAACCCCCGCACCGUCAGCAGGGCACCAGGAGACAGGGUCCAGGAAUCCGGGUAUGCCUGUACUUGCUUGUGCAACGACUGAGGGCUGCCAGCUUUUGCUGAUGAGGUAGGAUGGGACUCCCAAUAAGUUGGUAUGGAUAUAUUUUUUUUUUGUCUCUGUUCUGUUUAAACUUAUGUAGAUUAUUAUAAAUUGAUGUAAACCACGUGAGAGGGAAAUGUUAAUAAAAAAAUGCAAAGCCUCAACAUUUGCACAAAACUCA